AUGUGGGAGGAUGUGCGCCUAGACCCAGGCACAGCCCACUCGCUGCUGCUGCUCUCCAGUGAUCUGAAGAGUGUGCGGUAUGGCACAAUGUGCCACAACACGGAGCCAGAUGCUCGCAGAGUCACUCAGCUGGUCAGCGUGCUGGGCAGCCCCUCCUUCUCCAGGGGCUGCCAUUACUGGGAGGUGGAAGUAGGAGAAGGCCAUGAGUGGGCGCUGGGCGUGUGCCGGGACUCUGUGGAUAGACAGUGCAAGGGUGAUGUAUCUUGUGAGCAAGGCUUCUGGAUCAUCAGCAAGCAGGCGGGAGAGAUCCGUGCCCACUCCCUCCAGCCACGUAUCCUGCGUGCCAGCCCUGGCCUGCACCGCGUGGGAAUCUUCGUGAAUGUGGAAUUGGAAGUGGUCAAGUUUUUCGACGCUGCCAAUAAUUCCUACCUCUACAUGUACAAAUCUGUGCCCUCUUGUGAGCCUCUGCGUCCCUUCUUCUCUCCAGGACCCCCCAGGGAAGGGGCCACGGCUGUCCCUUUGCGCAUCUGCCAAUGA